UUAAUUUUUCUUACUAUGCUGGAAAAAAAAAACAUCAAUGAAGUAGCCUGUAAGUUUUAUUAUACAACUCUUGCUUGGGGGAAGUACUGAAGUAGCAAGAAGGACAUCGAGAGAGAGAGUUCGACAUGCAUCUUGUCUGUCUUCUUUAUGUGUUACUACCAGUCUGCGUCCUAAGAUUCAUACACUCAAUGAUAUGGGUUCCAUGGAGAAUCCAUGUGCAUUUUAGAAAGCAAGGCAUCAGUGGUCCAAACUACCGCCCGAUCUUUGGGAACACAGAAGAGUAUCGUAAUUCAUUUACUGAAGCACGGAAGAAAACAAUGCCUUUUAACCACAAUAUUGUCCAUCGGGUAACCCCAUUUUACCACGAGUGGUCACGCAAGUAUGGGAAGACGUUCCUCUACUGGUUUGGAGUCAUUCCCAUAUUGGCUACAGCUGAUCUUGACAUGAUUAAGGACAUUUUCAUGAACACGGGUGGUGGAUCAUUUGAGAAGGUAAGGCUUAACCCUCAGGCGAAGCUGCUCUUCGGACAGGGGCUUAAUGGUUUGUUCGGCGAGGAGUGGGCUCUUCAUAGGAGGAUCGCCAACCAGGCUUUUAUGAUGGAGCGGAUUAAGUGUUGGGGACUAGAUAUUAUGGCGAGCACUAAGAAGAUGCUAACAAAGUGGGAGGAAAUAAGAGGAGAAAGAGAUGAGUUUGAGAUGGAUGUACAUAGAGAACUUCAAGACCUUGCAUCAGACGUUAUAUCCAAAACAGCUUUUGGAAGCAAUUAUGAGGAGGGGAAGCGAGUAUUCUCGUUACAGGACAAACAGAAGCACCUUGUCUUCGAUGCUAUAGGAAAUGUCUACAUCCCAGGUUUCAGGUUUUUGCCCACCAAGAAGAACAGAGAAAGGUGGAGAAUAGAGAGGGAAACUCGUGAAGCAAUAAGGAAUCUGAUCAAAACUAACAGCAAAGCAAGAGAAAAUUCAAGAAAUCUACUUAGUUUACUGAUGUCUUCUUAUAAAAAUCAAGAUGGGAAGGAAGAGAAAUUGGGGGUUGAGGAGAUUAUAAACGAAUGCAAGGCCUUCUACUUUGCAGGAAAGGAAUCCAUGGCAGAUCUUUUGACCUGGGCACUUCUCCUUUUAGCACAGCAUCAGGAAUGGCAAGACAAGGCACGGGAAGAAGUGUUAUCUGUCUGCAGAGGAAAUGAAGUUCUACUUUCAGAGAAUGUAAAUGAUCUUAAGAUUGUGAACUUGAUAAUCCAUGAAACACUUCGGCUUUACCCUCCAGCAGUGAUGUUGAUGAGGCAAACAACCAAAAACGUUAAGUUGGGAACCCUCGAUGUUCCUGCUGGCACACAAUUUUUCUUGGCCUUGCCUUCUAUUCAUCAUGACACUGAUAUAUGGGGAAAAGAUGCUAACGAGUUCAAUCCGCUGAGGUUCAACGAGCCUAGAAAUCACUUGGCUUCAUUUUUUCCAUUUGGGCUAGGUCCUAGAAUCUGUGUUGGUAAAAAUUUAGCCAUUAUGGAAGCAAAAGUUGCUCUGGCCAUGAUAUUAAGGCAUUACUCUUUCGUAGUGUCCGCCACCUACCUUCAUGCCCCAAGACUCCUGAUAAGCAUGCAGCCUCAGUAUGGUGCGCAACUCCUCCUCCGCCGGAUUACAAGUUAAAAAUUGAGAGAGUUGUCUGUUGUCUGUGGUCUGUGGUCUGGUGUCUUAAUUUAUGCUUAUAGUAUUGGGAUUUCAGUAACCCUCUUGGCCGUAUAAUGUGGUGUCAGGUGUCCUAUUUUAUUUGACAGAAUUGAAGUGUGUUAUAUUUGAUAUGUUUGCGCAGAAGGCACAGUAUGAUGAUCGCAACAUAAAAUUGUUGGAUGGCAUUAAUUUUCUGGUUUA